UCAAGCAAAAGCAGUGGCUUCACACUUUGCAAAUCAGUCGAACGUGGCUUAUAGAAAACUAGCAGUAACUCAACUAGCACGAGAACAAAUUGUAUUAAGGGAGCACAUUAAGAUAUGACGAUAAGCGCGAGUGGACUCAAUGCAGAGAAUACACAACAUAAACUCCUGACUGCGAUUUGUUUGAAAAUAGAUCAGAAGGCUGGUAGCAAAGAAUGUUUGUGGAUUUUAUUGCUGGCCUCCUGGGAGGUGCUGCUGGAGUUCUUGUUGGCCACCCAUUAGAUACUGUAAAAGUGCAUUUGCAAACUGAUGACCCAAAAAAUCCGAAAUAUAAAGGAACAUUUCACUGCCUAAAGACAAUAGUACGAAAAGAUAAAAUCCGAGGCUUAUACAGAGGAAUAAGUAGCCCAAUGUCGGGAAUUGGAUUAGUUAACUCAAUCGUUUUCGGAGUAUAUGGAAAUGUUCAGCGCUUGUCCGAUGAACCCAAUUCAUUGCGUUCACACUUCUAUGCUGGGUCUAUUGCUGGUCUAGCCCAAAGUUUCGUAUGUGCACCGAUGGAGUUGGCAAAAACAAGACUUCAGUUGUCGACACAGAUUGACAGUGGAAUAAAAUUCACUGGGCCCAUCCACUGCCUUAGAUAUAUAAUAAAAACAGAAGGAAUACGUGGAGCGUUUAAGGGCUUAACAGCCACCAUUUUCAGAGAUAUUCCAGGAUUUUCCAGCUACUUUGUAUCCUAUGAGUUCAUAAUGCGACAAAAGGAGAUUCCUAAUGUCCCGUAUACUCUUAUGGCCGGAGGCUGUGCCGGAAUAGCGUCAUGGCUAGCCUGCUAUCCCAUCGAUGUAGUAAAAACACAAAUGCAAGCAGAUGCCCUAGGAAAAAAUGCAAAAUACACUGGAUUCAUGGACUGUGCAAAAAAGGGCUUUGAAAGAGAGGGUACCAUGUUUUUCUUUCGAGGAUUGAACUCUACACUGAUAAGGGCAUUUCCAAUGAACGCUGCUUGCUUCUUUGUGGUCUCCUGGAUAAUGGAUCUGUUUAACAAAAGUGGAAUGGAUGUGGUAACGAAUUCUGAUAACCCACAAUAUCUUGUAAGUUUAGAAAAUACUACCCAGGAUCAUCUGGGCAAUACGUCCUCAAAAAUUGAAGAGCUAGUAAGGAGCAUUAUAACGGACAACUCUCUUUUAGUCCAGUUAAUUUCCACGCAACAGGACAUAGCUCCGACCUACUUUACAAGCAAUAUUUAUAACGACUCUGAUGAUUUGCAACCGAAAUGAAAUCCAAAUAAAAAUCAUUCCUAAUAUAUAGCUACAAUUUCUGUGAGACUCCAAUUGCAUCAGCUGAAACAUGCGAAUGUGUACGUACUCCAAAUUGUAGCUACGGAACGGAGGAAAAAGUGCUGAAAACUGGGAGCGAGAUCGGAGCAGAGCAUCGCAGAUUUAUGAACGUUUUGUUUUGCACAUGUUGUUUGAAAUUGAAAACCGGAGCAAGACUGACUAACAAAUUACAGACCGUAAAGAAUCCCAAGGA